AUGCACACAAGCAUCAGUGAGAUCCUGAAGGAGAAGACCCUGAAGCCGUCCCGUCGUAGCCUGCCCUGCCUGGCCCAGAGCCAAACCCACCCACAGAACAUCAACCACUUCCUGUCCAUGCCCCUCACCCCCGACAACAAGCCCCAGACACACCCACAGGACCAUCUGCAGUCAGUGCCUCAACUCCAGGUUCAGGACCAGGCCCAGCUGGCUGACCCCUGGCUACAGCACCAGGCCCAGGACCACUGCCAGAUCCAGGCACAACACACCCAACCUCUGUCCCACAGUCACAGCACUUCCUGCACCCUCAUCUCCUCCAAGACAGGUCUGGCAGAAGCUGUCAAGGACCACUACGAGGAGGAGGCAGAAGCGAGUACGUACGAGGCAGGAAGGACAGACGAGUCGUUUCUCAUUCAGAAACCUGCCACCCGAGCUAAAUUAGAGGCACGCGUAGAUUCGCUUCUGGGGACCAACCCGGGGCAGCCGUCCGGUCUGCUGUUCAGAGAUGGGAAGAAGCGUAUCGAUUACAUCCUGGUCUAUAAGAAGUCCAGUCCUUUGGUGGAAAAGAGAGUCACCUUCGAGAGGAACCUGAGAGCUGAGGGGCUGAUGCUGGAGAAAGAGCCGUCUCUGACCAACACCGACAUCAUGUUUGUGAAGAUCCAUGCUCCGUGGGACACUCUUUGUAAAUACGCUGAGCAGAUGAAUAUCAGAAUGCCAUUCAGAAAGAAAAGUUACUUUACAGAUUGGAAGAGCAAAACUCUGGGCAGGUAAGUGGAUUUUCAGUGUCGUCAGAUAAAGAGUUGGUUACCCAGGAACCCCAUGAAGCUGGACAAAGAGGCCUUACCUGACCUAGAGGAGACAGACUGCUAUACAGCCCCGUUCAGCAGGGCACGCAUGCACCAUUUUACCAUCAACAACAGACAUACGUUCUUCUCCAACUCCACCAGAAGCAGAAUAGUCCACCAUGUUCUCCAACGCACCAAGUAUGAGGACGGGAAGUCUAAGAUGGGUAUCAAUAGGUUACUGGGCAAUGGGACAUAUGAGGCUGCAUUUCCUCCGCACGAGGGUGGAUACAAGAGCAGACACCCUAUUAAGACCCACGGGGCCCAGAACCACAGACACCUGCUGUACGAGAGGUGGGCUCGUUGGGGCAUGUGGUACAAGUACCAGCCUCUCGACCUUAUCAGGCGUUACUUUGGGGAGAAGAUUGGGCUGUACUUUGCCUGGCUGGGUUGGUACACUGGCAUGCUGAUCCCGGCAGCUCUUGUGGGUCUCCUCGUUUUCCUCUACGGAUUCCUUACCAUGGACACCAGCCAAGUCAGUAAAGAGAUCUGUGAGGCCAACACUACUAUCAUGUGUCCUAUGUGUGAGGAGAACUGCAACACCUGGAAACUCAGUGACAGCUGUGUCUAUGCAAAGGUGACCCAUCUCUUCGACAAUGGAGGAACUGUGUUCUUUGCUAUCUUUAUGGCAAUAUGGGCCACGGUGUUCCUGGAGUUCUGGAAGAGGAGGAGGGCGGAGCUGACUUAUGACUGGGACCUCAUCGACUGGGAGGAGGAAGAGGAGAAUCUGCGGCCCCAGUUCGAAGCCAAGUACUCCCGAGUAGAGAGAGUAAACCCUAUCUCUGGCAAGCCGGAGCCAUUCCAACCCUUCACUGACAAACUCAGCAGACUCAUGGUCUCUGUGUCCGGCAUCUUCUUCAUGAUCUCUCUGGUGCUGACUGCAGUGUUUGCGGUGGUGGUGUUCCGACUGAUUGCCAUGGAGAAGUUUGCAUCGUUCGACUGGGAGUUUGUCAAGAAGAACUGGCAGUUUGCCACCUCUGGCACCGGCGUCUGUAUCAACUUCAUGAUCAUCAUGUCUCUCAAUGUGGUAUAUGAAAAGGUGGCCUAUCUGCUCACAAAUUUAGAACACCCACGGACUGAGUCAGAGUGGGAGAACAGUUUUGCUCUCAAGAUGUUUCUCUUCCAGUUUGUAAACUUGAACAGCUCUACCUUCUAUAUUGCAUUCUUCCUUGGAAGGUUCGCCGGCAGACCAGGGAAAUAUAAUAAACUGUUUAACAGAUGGAGACUGGAGGAGUGCCACCCCAGUGGCUGUCUGAUCGAUCUGUGUCUACAAAUGGGAGUCAUCAUGGUACUAAAACAAAUCUGGAACAACUUCAUGGAGCUGGGAUACCCUCUGCUGCAGAACUGGUGGUCUCGGAGGAAGAUCAAGCAGACAGAGAAGGAAGAGAGAACACGAGGGGGACAGAAUGUGGAGAUCAAAGUACAGCUUCCUCAGUGGGACAUAGACUGGAACCUGCAGCCCAUGAACGCCCAUGGACUAGUAGAUGAGUACCUGGAGAUGGUUCUCCAGUUUGGUUUCACCACGAUCUUUGUGGCUGCAUUCCCAUUGGCUCCUCUACUGGCUCUGCUCAACAACAUCAUCGAGAUACGACUGGACGCCUACAAGUUUGUCACCCAGUGGAGGAGACCCAUGCCUGCCAGAGCCACAGACAUUGGUAUCUGGUAUGGUAUCCUGGAGGGGAUCGGCGUGCUGGCUGUUAUCACCAACGCCUUCGUCAUCGCCAUCACCUCCGACUACAUCCCCCGCUUCGUCUACGCGUUCAGAUACGGACCCUGUGCCAGAUAUGUUGAGCCGGCUUCAUGGUGUCUGCAAGGCUACAUGAACAGCAGUCUGUCGGUGUUUGACAUGGGCGCGCACUGGAACGUGAGUGAGGAGCAGAAUAGAUACUGCAGGUACAGAGACUACAGAGCCUCUCCCUGGAGCCCAGUACCAUACGACUUCACUCUGCAGUUCUGGCACGUCCUGGCUGCAAGACUAGCCUUUAUCAUCGUCUUCGAGCACCUGGUGUUUGGCAUUAAGUCGUUCAUCGCGUACCUGAUCCCAGACAUGCCCAAGAGUCUGUGUGACCGCAUGCGGCGGGAGAAGUACCUGAUGCAGGAGAUGAUGUAUGAAGCAGAGCUGGAGCACCUGCAGAAGGAGAGGAAGAAGAACGGCAGGAGAUAUCACCACGAGUGGCCUUAG